CCUGAAGCUAAUGCUUGAACAGUGGAGUGGCGCUGAUUACGCCGAUAAUCUCAUAAAGACUGUGACCGGUGGUGUAUCGUCUACAGCAGCCAUGGGCAAGGGUGUCACCGAGGACCAGUUCAAGGCUAAACUGUGAUCUACGGCACUCACGAUCAUCUUAGAUUGAUCUUAAAAGACAUUCUACAAAUACAUCAGAAUUAACAUCUGUAUUGUUGUCCGGAACCAUUCCACGUCAGCUGUAGUUUUAUAUUUUUUACCAGUAGAACACAAGUACUUGCUGGAUUAUGCACUUCUUAUCGGCAGUUGCCGAUCGCUCUCAUCGAAUGCUACAGCUUCAAGUUCGACUUACAAUUGAAAGCCAAACCUACGGGACGCGUCAGAAGAAUCGAUCAUCGUGAUGAGCUCUGAAGAUCGUGUACAAGUGGCUGCUUCCUUCAUCCUCCAAUCGCCUCCAGGAGAGAUCAAUGACGUCUUGAACGAUGUUCGCGUCAUCGUAGAUGAUGACGCGGGAUUAGAGGAAGGCAUCCUUCCUGCCCUUCGGGAAUAUAACAUCGCGCAGUUCACAACGGUCGAAGUGCCAGGUGAACACCAUCAGACAAUAGUUAGCGAAUUUGCGCGUGUACCCGGCACCGAAGAAGAACGCUAUCUAGACCCACGAUCUAAAACCUCUUUUGUUUUCAACCACUUGACUCUAGAAGCCACAGAUCCUCAGUCGGAGGAGCCUUCAGAGGCUGAGCCUCAGCGUGUUGCGUUGGAAUCUGCUGCUCUGUCGUACUUGAGCUCACACUAUCACGAUGGAGUUGCUACCGUGCUAGCUAUGUCGACCACCCAAUUCGCUGUUCAGAUCGUCUCCAAUAAAUACAAUCCAUCAAAUUACUGGGCUGGUAGAUGGCGCUCGCACUACGAAAUAGACUUAGAGAGUAGGACCAUACAGGGAAGAGUCCUCGUUAAUGUUCACUACUACGAACAAGGAAAUGUCCAACUCAGUACAUCGAAUGACUCGUCAAUAUCAAUACCAGCUGCUGUAUCAUCGUCAUCUCCUGUAUCAUCGGCAUCCAAAAUAUUUGCAUUGAUCGAGGCUGAAGAGUCGCGAUGCCAGACAUCCCUGAAUGAUGCAUAUCAUGAGAUGGGAGAGAAGGCGUUCAAAGGGUUGAGGCGCGCCCUGCCCCUGACGCGACAAAAGAUAGACUGGGAUAAAACUAUGGGAUAUAAAUUGGGCGCUGAACUUACUGCUAGCAAUCGUGCCUUUGGCGCCCAACCUCGAUAGUGGUCACAUCAGCAGUUGACUUAUGUCGUCCGGUUUCGAGGGAUACCUCUUGGUUUCACUUGUCUGUAGUUGUAUUCUGUGGAAAUGAAAACCCAUUUCACUGAAAUGACGCAUAUAUCUAACUUGCAAUUUAACAAAUAUAUUAGU